ACGGGCUUGACGAGCGGCAGACAGACAGACCUUCCAAUGAAUGGGCUGAAAGUUCCCCCGUCGACAAUACUAUUAACCUUCAACAGAGCUAGAUUUUCCCUUCUCCCGGCAUCCAUUCGGGGAUAUCCUUUAGCUUGUUUUUGUUUUUUAUCUAUUUUAUCUUUCCUGCGUUUUCACUUCAUUGCAUACAUACUUCACCAGUUUACACAACAUUCUCAGACGACAGCAACUGUUCAUACAACCUAUCCCUGAUGGCGGCCUCGAGUGGUGCGUCCUCUAUUUCAGUGACCGUUCGAGUCAGGCCGUUUACGAUACGAGAAGCUGCACAACUUACAAAAUGUGAUGAUUCAAUGCUCUUCCUAGGGGACGGGUCCUUGGCUGCAGUUCCAACCCCGAAACUGAUACAGAAAGGCAUUCGACCUGUAAUAAAGGUCAUGGAUGACAAGUGCUUGGUUUUUGACCCACCAGAGGACAACCCAGUACAUCGAUUUUCCAGAUCCGUUGUCCCGAACGGAAAACGUGUGAAGGACCAGACCUUUAUGUUCGAUAGAGUUUUCGACGAAAACACAACCCAAGAGGAUGUGUAUGAAGCAACAACUCGAAGCCUUCUAGACAGCGUGUUGGAUGGCUACAAUGCAACCGUGUUUGCAUACGGCGCGACGGGUUGUGGAAAAACCCACACGAUCACGGGAACUGCUCAACAGCCGGGUAUUAUUUUCCUUACCAUGCAAGAACUCUUCGAGCGGAUUGCGGACAGAACAGAUGAAAAAGUCACGGAGAUAUCAUUGUCAUAUUUGGAAAUCUACAACGAGACCAUCCGCGACUUGCUCAGCACCACCAAUACUAUCAAGGGUGGUCUCAUGCUCCGAGAAGAUGCAAACCAAACAGUUUCUGUUGCCGGACUUUCCAGCCAUCACCCGCAGAACGUUCAGGAAGUGAUGGACAUGAUUGUGAGGGGAAAUGAAUCGCGAACAAUGUCCCCCACAGAAGCAAACGCAACAUCAUCUCGGUCUCACGCGGUUCUUCAAAUUAACGUAGUGCAAAAGGACCGUAACGCGGAUAUCAACGAGCCACACACGAUGGCAACAUUGAGCAUUAUCGACCUGGCAGGAAGUGAGCGGGCGAGUGCAACAAAAAAUAGAGGAGAGAGGCUGAUCGAAGGCGCCAAUAUCAACAAAUCUUUGCUGGCUCUAGGCAAUUGCAUAAAUGCGCUAUGCGACCCUAGGAAGCGUAAUCAUGUCCCUUACCGAAAUUCGAAGCUCACCCGCCUCCUAAAAUUCUCAUUGGGAGGAAAUUGUAAGACGGUAAUGAUUGUCUGUGUCAGUCCGUCCAGCCAACACUUUGACGAAACCCAAAACACCCUUCGAUAUGCGAACCGGGCAAAGAACAUCCAAACGAAAGUUACCAGAAAUGUUUAUAACGUGAAUCGCCAUGUCAAAGAUUUCCUUGUUAAAAUUGAUGAGCAAAUGGCGUUGAUUAAAGAGCUGCAGCAACAGCAGAAGGAUUAUGAGACCAUUGCAUUCGCGAAGUUUAAGAAACAGGCUGAGAAAAAGGAAAUAGUGGUGCGUGAAGGAGUGGUUCGUCUGCGUAGUGCAUAUGAACAUUCAGCUUCCGAAAGGGAAGAGAGGGUCAAUUGCAUGCUUCGCUUAAGGCAGGUCAGCCGUCGUAUCUCAAUUCUUUCAGCCUGGAUUGCUGCAUUCGACAGUGUGUGCGAUGCUACAGAAAAUGAAUCCGCUUUGUCAAACCUCCAGGCCAUUCGGAAGAGUGCGCAAGGAAUACUCAUCGAGCUCGAGGGCAGCAGGCAGCAUUAUCAUCAGAAACUCGCGAGAAGCAGCUGGGAUCGAGGCAUCAAUUCUGCACUGGACAUUGGUAUUAAACAGCUCCAAGAACUUGAAAUCGCGGAUAGUGUCGACACUGCCACUCUUACCCGAGAAGCAGAGUUACUCAAGUCCAAUGCAGAAAGGGAAGCAUUAGCCGCAAUCGCCGAGCAGGAGAAAGGUGGUGAUUUGUCCAUGAUCCAGAUGUUGCUGCAAACAAAUUUCGAGACUGUUUCUGCUAUUGAGGACAUUAUGCAGCUUCGCGAGGAGGACGCAGUUGCGACUGGCAAGGUAAUCCUUGGAAAGCUCCUUAGGUCUAGCACAACCGCAACGGCCCACGUCGCUAUACCCGAUGGAGGCGCGCCACCUGUCGAAGUUUUCCCGCCAAACAAGGCUGGUACGCCUAAGCGCCGAAAGCAAUACAGUAUGGGAAGGGCCGCAUCAUUACCAAAACCUAUUAACGCGGCUAUAUCUAUAGCACCUCAUGUAACUCCAUCCCCAGCCAAGCCUUCCCCUAGAAGAAGAAAAAUAGGGCCAAAGAAGGGUAUCAAUUUCACGCCAAGGAAGCUUCAGACGAAGAGCAACAAGCGGAGCGUGAGGUGGAAGGACGAUGUAGAGGAAGGAACCCUUGCGGAAUUCGAGAAGACUCCACAAAAGACAGCGGAAUCACCCGCUAAUACGCCCUCAGCGGAGCCACGAUUGCCACCAAUGCAUUUAGUGGCAUCCGCCAUUCCCCGUCGAACCUCAAACGGCUCGAGGGAGUCAUCACCAAUCUGCAGCCCUCCUACCUCGCUCACCAUCCAGAAGAAUAGCCGUUUCAAAGCCGGUUUCUUAUCCAAGAAACCAAACGGAUCCCCAGUUCCCUCGGCGUUGCCCAGGCUCCCCUUAGCGUCGGACGGCGAACUGUCUCCAUUACGUGGUAUUGAAAAUAGUAGUUUCCUAAAUCGCAGAUCCCUUGACCAUUCUGAGGCUGAUGAUAACACAAAAAGCAAUGUCAGCGGGUCAUCAUCAGAUAACGAAGAUGGGUGGAAAAUGGACAAAAGUGACGCCAUGACGAUACACUCGGCGAUGAGACGCAUUUCCGGAACCCACCAUGGAGGACAUCGGGCUUCGAUGGCUGGAGUAAAUAGGACCCAAAGACGACGAAGCCCGACAGCCGCCACGAGCGCAAGCCCCACCAAUGAAAACAGCAGCAUGUUCUCGGCAUCCCAAGCAAGACGGAUGGUGAAAAGCGAAAAGGAACAUGAUUCGAAGAUUAGCGUUUUGAGCCCGAGGACCGUACCAAUUAUGAAAGUAAAUGGCCACCGACGGACGACGUUCGGGGAUGCGAAACAGAUAGGCCUUGGGUCCCGAGAAGGGAUCCGGCUUAGCUCGGCCACGAUUUCUGGCGGCGGAUCGUUGCGGGGUAGCUUACAGCCCGGGGCGAAAGGUUCGUGGAGGUAGUUCUGUGUGGUUAUAAUUUUAAUAUAGAUCCUUUUUUUAAUUUUUGGCGCUCGUGGGCUGGCUAUAAGUGGGUGUUUGGGUGCAAAGGAUCGGCUUGGGCUUCCUAUCACGAUUUCUUCUUUCCCUUGAAUUGUAUGUAAUUUAGGUAUCUUCUUUUAGUUUAUUUUGUUUCUUCCAUGCCGCCCGUGUUCAAUAUAUCCAAAUGGCGCCUAUCUACCCUUCUUUAUUCUUUCCCUACUUUGUGUUUGAGUGACGAGUCUGCCGAUUGUUUGUUCCCGUUUCCACGCCUUCUAGUCGUCCAAUGUCAGUGUCCGUUUGAGCUAUUUGCAGCAAGGAGAAUUGCGUUUGAGACUGUGGAUCUACGCUUUGUGCUCAUGACUUGAUACCUGUUGAUGUGUCGGUACAUGGAUAAAUCAACUAGAUCCACAUCCAGCAAAAUUUCAAGAGCCAUUUUGCUUCUUUAACACGUAACAAACAACAAACUGCAGUUUCUCCGCCCGAGGAUCUCAAGAUUGAACGCAACUCACUGAAGUGAGACAUAUGUAGCUCUCCAAUGAAACGAAACCUCAAGAUACGGCAAGCUGUGACUGUGGGAUGCAUGCAAGUAAUUCCGAGAAAUUUUGAAGUCCAUUUAAGCUCAAGGUUCCGGAGCUCCAUGUGGAGAACACUAGCAGGCGUUGAGCCAACCAUGACUCAAUCCUAUGUGGGGGUUAGUUAACUCAAAUAUGAAGAAAAGCAUCGAGCCAAGUUCCAUAUAUCUCGUCUCUUCCUGCGUUCUCAUCGUUGAACUCUCGAGUUAAAACAGAGCUGCCAUUGUAGAUGCCCCAAAAAUCUACGACUUCUAUUAGCCAUUUGUCUGAGUUCCGCUAUGCCAACUAGGGUAGGCUGCCAGCACGCGGUUCAGGAUAUGUAGUUAAACACUAGUUAUCAGAUUGAUUCGGACUUUUUAAUUCCAAUCAUGUGCAUGUAGUAUUUCACAUCUUCGUCAUCACUAAUCGUUUGGUGUAAGGAACACUUGCAACUGACUGGUAACGAGCUCGGGAAAUUUUUUUUUCUCUCAUUAAGGAAGAGCUAAUUUCCGCCCGCCUUCAUUUCCAGCCCAUGUUUAGGAACCUCCUCAUUCGGUGUUUUUGAACUGUCUUCGGGAACGAGGCGUGAAAGGAAUAAAAAAGGCCCAAGACAACCUUGAUGAUUGCGAUCAGUUUACGGAUUAUCUGCAUUUGAGUUACACCCCAUGCCCCUGAUUCUACAGUGACCGAAAGGCUUGCU